AACCGACUGCUUAGCCCCUUUGCUCUCCAGCCAGCUUCUAGUGGAGCCUAUGGCCGCAGUGAUGCCUCGCAGGAUCCCCGGGGCCCCUGUCUGUCUGUGCGUCCUCUGCGGGCUUCCUGCCGCGGGAAAGUCAACGCUGUCCCGCAAGAUUCUUGGUACCGUUGCGGAGUGCGGCUGGAGAGCGGCAGUGGUCUCCUACGAUGAUCUAAUCCAGGAGCAGGCUUAUUACACGCAGAUGGAGGAGGAGCACUCUAACUGGAAGUCCCACAGACAAGCAGUGUUGCAGUGCAUCGAGCAGUUUUUGGAGCGGCCUGAAGUGUUCGGGGAGAUGCCGAGCAGCCCUCUUAUCAAUGGAAGUGCCUGGCAAAAAUGUGUUAGCACUCUACUUCAGCCUGAAGGGUUAAAUAGAGAUGGGAUGCCAUUGCUUCUCCUGUUAGAUGACAACUUUUACUACCCAAGCAUGAGAUAUGAAGUGUAUCAACUUGCAAGAAAACUUUUUCUAGGUUUCUGCCAGGUGUUUCUGCAGUGUGACUUAGAGACCUGCAUCAGGAGAAACCAAAGUAGGCCUGGACCCAUUCCCGUUAAAGUGAUCAUGGAGAUGGAGAAGCGUUUGGAAUCUCCUAACCCACAAGGGAAUCUGUGGGAAUCCCAAAGCAUCUUGCUCGACUCCACAAAUGAUGUGACCAAAUGUGACAUCCAGAGAGUAAUUGAGUUGAUUUCGACGGCACUAAACAAUCCAUUGAGUCCAGCUGAAGAUAACUCUGAAAAAAAGGAAGCUGAUCGUCUGAAAUGUGCCAAGAGCGUGGUCCAUCAGGCGGACCAGGCCUGCCGGCGUCUGAUAUCAGAGGCCAUGCAGGCUGCCAGAGAACAUCAGGUUCCUCCUGGAGAUAUGCGGGUUCUGGCUGCUCGGCUGAACGAAUGCAAAGGGACAUUUCUUCACGACCUGCGGAAACACUUCCUGCAGGAAGUGGUUUUCCUUCAGGAGGAGGACAUCAGUGUGGAGCAGGUGGUGCAGAGAGCACUGAGGAGGGAUUUCCACGACAAAAAGGAUGAGAUCCUCUUAAACAUAAUGAGAAACCAGAAAACAUAAUUUUUCUAUCACCAUUUCAAAGGUUUAUAAUGAAUGUGUAAUGCUUCUAUAUAUUUAAAUCAAAAUAAACUGUAUUUUUGCUAAAUGUUUUCUCUUAAGUUAGUGUGACAAUCCACUGAAAAAUGAUGUAGGUUGAAGUAAUUUAUUUCUUUGCAAACCACUUUUUUUUUUUAUCAAAUUUUUGUAUAUUUUCUAAACCUACAAGACAAGGGCUGCAAAUUGUAGCCUCUGCUCCUAGCUCCUAUUUCUUAACAUUUUGCAGAAAAACUAUCCCAGGACAGAUAUGCACAUGGAUGAUACGAUUUAAAACCAGGACUAAUGCUCCAAAUGAGGAAUAAAAUAAACAUUUGCAUGUGUCACACACAAUAUGUUGAGAAAAUGAAUGUAUUUUUGUUAAACUGAGGUGAACUGUGCCUAUGUGUCCUCCCAAGAGGUCAAUAUAACUAAUGAACUUUAGGUAGGAAGCAUCCUACUUCCUUUUUCCUACCUCCUUAUUUACUGCUACCACUGUUCAGCCACUUCUGCUUUUGCUUAAGUCUUAUGUUACCAAUUUCCUUCAUUCGAAUUCAGCUGAUCCUCUCUGAGUCAUAUUUAUAUUGCAGGAAAAUGGAACGACGUGGACUCCAUUUAACACUCCAUUUAAAAAAUUUUUAUUGAAUUUAUUUUAAAUGAAUUGUUAGUGGGCUUUCUGAGAUUUUAUUUCCUUUUAUUUUUUAUUCCUGGCACCAAUUUAAAGUUGCAUUAUUCUUAAUUUUAGGGAUGAUGGUUUGAUGCUGCAAUUAAAAAUGGCCGUUUUAUUUUUAUUUAAGGCGUUUUUAACAUCAUGGCCUUGUAUGUAAAAUAAAAUGUGAAUACUGUUUUGGUGUUUUGUUUGUAGAGAAUUUAAUGUGAAACAGCUUUCUCAUUGUGAAAUAUUGAUCAGAAAAAAAGAAACUCAAUCAAUUAAAAAAAAAAACUUUGCAUUUCAAACUUUGCUGCAUUUUGUUCAUUUCACAAAAUGAAAUAUUUCAGGAGUCAAACAAUGCUGCAGACCAUGUGGAGACUAGAAAAGUGUUUUUUUUAAUACAGUUUU